AUGCUAGCCGCGGGCCUGGGAGUGCGCCCCUUGAAGGCGCUGCCGCUGCUGCUGCUGCUGCUGCUGCUGCUGCUGCUGGCUGGAGCUCGGGGGUCCGUGGAGAGCCCGUCCUCGCUUCCCGCCCCGCCCCGCUUCAAUGUGAGCCUGGACGCGCCCCCCGAGCUGCGCUGGAUCCCUGUACUGCGGCACUACGACCUGGACUACUUGCGCGCGGCGGUGGCGCGAGUCAUCUCGGAGAGAAUCCCCAAGUGGUUCCACACGUCGAUAGUAAAGAUAGUAGGGAGGAUGGAGUCCUUCCUGCCACAUCCCUUCACAGACGAGAUCCGCGGCAUUUGUGAUGUCCUGAACCUGAACUUGGCCGACUGCCUGCUUGUCAACCUGGCCUAUGAGUACACAGCAUUCUGCACCAGUAUCGUGGCUCAAGACUCCAGAGGCCACAUUUACCAUGGCCGGAAUCUGGAUUAUGCUUACGGAAGUAUCUUGCGCAACUUAACGGUGGACGUGCAAUUCAUAAAGAAUGGGCAGGUUGCAUUCACAGGAACCACUUUUGUUGGCUAUGUAGGACUGUGGACUGGUCAGAGUCCACACAAGUUUACAGUUUCUGGCGAUGAACGAGAUAAAGGCUGGUGGUGGGAGAAUGUGAUUGCAGCCCUUUUUGAGAGACACACUCCAGCCAGCUGGCUUAUCCGCUCGACCCUGAAUGAGUCAGAAAACUUUGAAGAAGCUGCCUUAAAAUUGGCCAAGACUCCAAUCAUUUCUGAUGUUUAUUUUAUUGUUGGUGGCGUGUCCCCCAGGGAGGGAAUAGUUGUAACAAGGAACAGAAAUGGCCCAGCGGACGUUUGGCCAUUAGAACCUUUGCAAGGAGAGUGGUUCCGAGUGGAGACAAAUUACGACCACUGGAAGCCAGUACCUAAGGGAGAUGACCGAAGGACGCCUGCCAUCAAAGCCCUUAAUGCCACUGGCCAAGCAAACCUCACUCUGGAGACACUAUUCCAGGUUUUGUCAGUAGUCCCAGUUUUUAACAACUGCACAAUUUAUACUACAGUAAUGAGCGCUGCCUUUCCAGACAAGUACAUGACUAGGAUCAGAAACGUGGGUUAG